GCUGAUACCAUGGCAACAAGAGACUGGCCAGGGGUCAGGGGUCGUGGAACGCGCUCAGAUGGACUCGCAGUCUGAACUCUGGGUAUUUUAUUUAUUAACAACGUGGCUGUUAUAUCAGCUGUUGGGGGUUGUAACGCUACAUGAGGCUAUAGAAGGAUCCUUACAGCGUUCGGAAGCACAAGACACCCUGAGGAUGAUGAAUUUAACACAAACUGACUGGUUGGUUUGUCCUCUAAAGAGGUUUUGUCAAUUUGUAUAAAAUGUACUAUUUUAACAGGGAUCUCUGUACUUUUCAUCAUUCGUAUGCUACAGGAGUGGGACCCCCUCACCAACCCCGUUACACUCUCUCACACCAUCCAGGAGUGGGACCCCCUCACCAACCCCGUUACACUCUCUCACACCAUCCAGGAGUGGGACCCCCUCACCAACCCCGCCCCCACACACACCCCGUUACACUCUCUCACACCAUCCAGGAGUGGGAUCCCCCUCACCAACCCUGUUACACUCUCUCACACCAUCCAGGAGUGGGAUCCCCCUCACCAACCCCGUUACACUCUCUCACACCAUCCAGGAGUGGGAUCCCCCCUCACCAACCCCGUUACACUCUCUCACACCAUCCAGGAGUGGGAUCCCCCUCACCAACCCCGUUACACUCUCUCACACCAUCCAGGAGUGGGCUCCCCCUCACCAACCCCGUUACACUCUCUCACACCAUCCAGGAGUGGGAUCCCCCUCACCAACCCCGUUACACUCUCUCACACCAUCCAGGAGUGGGAUCCCCCUCACCAACCCCGUCCCCACACACACCCCGUUACACUCUCUCACACCAUCCAGGAGUGGGAUCCCCCUCACCAACCCCGUUACACUCUCUCACACCAUCCAGGAGUGGGCUCCCCCUCACCAACCCCGUUACACUCUCUCACACCAUCCAGGAGUGGGCUCCCCCUCACCAACCCCCGUUACACUCUCUCACACCAUCCAGGAGUGGGCUCCCCCUCACCAACCCCCGCCUCACCAACCCCGUACACUCUCUCACACCAUCCAGGAGUGGGAUCCCCCUCACCAACCCCGUUACACUCUCUCACACCAUCCAGGAGUGGGAUCCCCCUCACCAACCCCGUUACACUCUCUCACACCAUCCAGGAGUGGGAUCCCCCCUCACCAACCCCGUUACACUCUCUCACACCAUCCAGGAGUGGGAUCCCCCUCACCAACCCCGUUACACUCUCUCACACCAUCCAGGAGUGGGAUCCCCCUCACACACCCCCGUUAAACUCUCUCACACCAUCCAGGAGUGGGAUCCCCCUCACACACCCCGUUAAACUCUCUCACACCAUCCUGUGUUGAAUGCUUCUUUAAGACUCGCGCUGCGUGACAUAGACAUCACAGUUCCUUCACAAAGUAUUCACACCCCUUGACUUUCUCCACAUUUUUGUUGUGUUACAGCCUAAAAAUAUAUGUAUUUGGUC